GCUUCUGGAGGAAGUUAAAGCCCCGUGUAGCCAAAAGAGGAGCUCCCAGUUGCCCAGCUGUGCGCUCCCGAGCGGCCCGGCGCUCACCAUGCGGCCCCUCCUCAUGCUAUGGGGCUGCCUCGUGCUCCCAGGUUACGGAUCGGUGGUGGACCCGAAGGAGAUCAGUGGCUUCGAAGGUGACACUGUGUCCCUGCAAUGCACCUACGGGGAGGAGCUAAAGAAGCACCAGAAAUACUGGUGCCGAGAGGCCGGGCUCUUCAUCUCCCGCUGCGCUGGGACUGUCUUCUCUGGAGAAUACGGCCAGGAAGGAAGGGUGUCGGUCCAUGACAACCCGCGGGAGAACAGGUUCACGGUCAUCCUGAGGAACCUCACCCUGAAGGACAUGGGGAAGUACUGGUGUGGGGUCAAAAAACUGGGCUUCGAUAAGACUAUGUCAGUCUCUCUGCUUGUCUUUCCAGUCACCACAGCCAAGCUGGGGAAGACAGAGGCUGAGGCCUCUCCGUUCACAGGGACCUCCUUGUCCAAGCACACAGCAGCUUCUCUGUACACAGGGACCUCUCCUCACCCGGCAACCUCUCCAUUUGCAAGGAUCUCUCCUCACCCAGCAGCUUCUCCGUAUGCAGGGACCUCUCUCCACCCAGCAGCUUCUCCAUUUGCAAGGAUCUCUCCUCACCCAGCAGCUUCUCCGUUUGCAAGGAUCUCUCCUCACCCAGCAACCUCUCCGUAUGCAGGGACCUCUCUCCACCCAGCAGCUUCUCCAUUUGCAAGGAUCUCUCCUCACCCAGCAACCUCUCCGUAUGCAGGGACCUCUCUCCACCCAGGAGCUUCUCCAUUUGCAAGGAUCUCUUCUCACCCAGCAACCUCUCCGUAUGCAGGGACCUCUCUUCACCCAGCAACCUCUCCUCCUGCAGGGAUCUCCCAGCCAGCCACGCAAUUGGACUCUACCUCAACAGAGGACACCAGUUUUGUCCCCAGCAGCAGCUCCAAGUCCAGGGUAUCCGUCCCUUUGAUCAGAAUCUUGGCCCCAGUCCUGGUACUGCUAGCCCUUCUGCUGGCCACAGGCCUGGCCGCCCUCGGCAGCUGCAUGUUUCAAUGGAGAGAAAAAGCUCAGCUGGCCUCGGAGACACAGAAGAAGGACAAUGUCCAUCUCUCCCACUUGGCGCUGGGGAACAGCUGUGUCCCGGAGUCCACUGUGAUCAAGCUUGCAGAGCCCACUGGGCCUCCCGCCAGCCCCGAGCCCUCUGCCAGCUCCAACACGGAGAUCUGGUGCCUGAGCCAGACUUCAGAGGAUGACGAAGCCUCUUGGCGGGACCAUAAGGGAGACAUGACCCCAGCCUCUACCCUCCCCAUGUCUGGGGACGAGCCGGGCUUUUCAAAGUUCAGCUCAGUCUAGCCAUCGAACGCUCUCCUUGAAUCUCUGGAAGGGCUGAACUUGCACUAACUUGGACAAGCUUUCUGCUAUGACUUCAGAAUCCUCCUGCCUGAGUCCAGGUCUCUCCCCUACCCUUCCCAAGCUUUCCUCUUGCCCAUCUUAGCUGACCCUGAAGGCUUCGUCAGCCCUGAGGCCUGAUGCGGUGGCCUCAUAUUUCCAGCUGGAAACUGGGACCUCUCCAAGAUGGUCACAUCCUUGGGCAAAGCAUACAGCCGCUGGACCUUCGAGGGGUCAGGGAGGGCUCAGAGGGUCUGGUCGAAGUUUGUGUCUGCUCUGGGGGGUCCCCUGGGCCUCGGUGCCCAGUCACAGGUCCCUUCUAAUUCCCCUUCCAGACGCCACCUUCUCCUCCCUUCCUUCCAUCCUCAGACUCAGGGCUAAGUUCUCCCACAUAAGCUGGUGAGGAGGAGGGAGCCUGUGGGGUUAGCCUGGAUCCUGAUUUCUCAGAGCCAAUUGUGAACCACCUGCAUCCCUUUUUAACCAGGAAGCUGGUUAAAAAGAUGAUUCUGGGGCCCCAUCAAGAGCUGCCCAAACCAGGAUUUGGCUGGUGGUCCAGUAAUCGGGACUCCAUGCUUCCACUGCAAGGGGCGCUGGCAUGGUACUGCCGAAAAAGAGAAGAAAAUAAACUACCAAAACCAUCUCUGAGGCUGGGCCUGGGACUAUGCAUUUCUUCCAAGUGCACCAGUGAUUCUAACACUGGUGUUUGAGUACCAGUGGGCUGGUUGAGCUCUCAGGUCCCUCCAGCUUAGAGAGUCAACAUUUGGUGUGUGGAGUCUCCCCCUUCCCCUGAUAGGGCCUGCUCUUCCCACCACACCAUGGCCCAGCUGGAGGCUUUCCUGGACCUGCCUGAGUCCAGGCUCAGGUCAAGUGCACAUCAGAAAUGCCAAGCCCAAGACUGGCCAGGAGUGGUUGUCUAUCCGAUCUUGAGGUAGGAGGAAGAUGGGCUCCAGGUUAGGCAUUUACAACUGGCCUCCUCCUAUUUAGAUUUCUUGGGGACGAGAAAAAGAUGGGCCUCAGGCCGGACACUUUCAACUAGCUUCCUGUUUGCAUUUCCUGAGACAGGAGAGAAGUGGGCUCCAGGUUAGGCAUUUAUAAUCAGACUCCUGUUUGUGCUCUGAAAUGGAAGUAACAACAGAAACAGGGUAAAUAGCCAGGAUUUGUCUCAUGUGGACACUUGCCAAGAUAGCAGUCUUGGCAAGAACAAAGAGGGACUAAACCUUGCUGGAGCAAAAGAUCAAGAGAUCCCAUAUUCCCCCUCCUUUAACCUCAGAUACGCAGAUGACACCACCCUUAUGACAGAAAGCUAAGAACUAAGGAGCUUCUUGAUGAAAGUGAAA